AUGAUGUGGCAGUUCCCCGUCCAUCUCGCCGUUUGCUACGUUCUGACCCCGCAGGUGCUGGCCGAGAGGUACUACAGCCAGCUCAAAAACUUGCGAAGCUCAACUGGCACCUGGGACCGCGACUUUGCGCCCAACCACACCAGCUACCAGGUCUUCAUCGAGAAGUUCGUGGCAGACUUGACAAUCGAAGCUGACAUCAACUUCGAUCGCUACUUGAGUCCGGACUACUACCCAGUCAUCACAGUGGCUGGUGCAGCCGUGCCGUAUACGGCAGGCAAACCCGCUGUUCACACUCUGGCACUUGGCGGGAACCCGUCCGAACUUUUGGUGCGCACCAUCCCAGUUGAAGUGACACCUCCCGAGAAGUUUGGCCCAGGGACGGGACAUGACAGGACGGUCUACAAACUCAUCGUGAGAAGGCAGUCUGACUUCCAGGCAGCCUUAUUGCCCACACGGCUCAAGUUCGAGGAUGAUCUCUACAAUGUGGUGCAGCUCCGGCCGGCCUUCAAGGCGAUGUCCAAGACCAUCCUCUACAACGGAUUGGUCUCCUACGGAGCUAAGCGCCUGCGCCUGCAGUUUGCUUGCGCGCCCCCGGCCGCCGCGAUAGCGGAGGCUCGGACGAAACUGCUCCAGAGUGGUGGCGACAAUGUCGAUGCUUGGGUUGAUGUGGAUCCUUCUGGCCAGACGGAUUUCACCGUCGCUUGCACCUGGAAGGAACAGAGGCACAGCGUAGCAGUAUCGGUCGAGGAGAUGGUGGACUUGGGCAAGGUGGAUAUCGACCUUGAGGCCAUUGGAGGACUGGGCGAACCCAAAGCGAUGGUGGAUGGCACCGGGUGGUCCAUUAUUGCGAAGGACGACAAGGUGAAGCUGGUGGCCAUGUUCUUGACUGAGGGCUUGAAGCUCGACUUUGAG